UGUGAUGAAUCUGGCUAUUGGUUCCAAAGUCCUUCUGUCAAUAGGACCUGGCUUCAUUGUCUCUAUCCAAAAGUACAGCAGAGCACCCUUGGUUCACUGGAGCCCAACCCAAAUGCCAGGGAGGAAAGGAAAAAAAUUAUGGAGGGCCAGUACAAAUGCUUUAAGAAGAUGAACAAGGAUCGGCCGUACAACAAGACAGGACUGUACUGCAACCGGACUUGGGACGGGUGGAUGUGCUGGGACGAUACGCCAGCUGGUACCUUAGUCUCCCAGUACUGCCCCGACUACUUCCGAGACUUUGAUCAGACUGAAAAGGUCACCAAAUAUUGCGACGAGCAUGGGAAUUGGUUCCGGCACCCCGACACAAACAGGAGCUGGUCCAACUACACGCUGUGCACGGCGUUCACGUACAGCAAAGUCAGGAUGGUGUACGUCCUCUACUACAUGGCUGUUGUUGGCCAUUCCCUCUCCCUGGUGUCCCUCCUGAUCUCCCUGUCCAUAUUUUUCUACUUCAGGAGUCUAAGCUGUCAGCGGAUUACACUGCACAAGAACCUCUUCAGCUCAUACGUGCUCAACUCCACCAUCACCAUCAUCUAUUUCAUCUGCGUGGUCAACAAUCCUAAAGUGAUGGCGCAAUAUCCUAUGACCUGUAAGAUGCUGCAGUGCUUGAUGUGGUACCUGGGGGGCUGCACGUACUUCUGGAUGCUGUGCGAGGGGGUCUACCUGCACACGCUCAUCGUGGUGGCCGUGUUCGCUGAGGAGCAGCACCUGUACUGGUACUACCUCCUAGGAUGGGGAUUCCCCUUGGUGCCUACAGUCAUCCUGGCCAUCGCCAGAAAACAGUACUUUGAUGACCACUGUUGGCUAAGUUUAGAUACCCAUCUGCUUUACGUGGUGCACGGACCUAUUGUGGCAGCGCUGCUGGUGAAUCUGUUCUUCUUGCUGAACAUCGUGCGGGUUCUGGUGACCAAGCUGCGGAACACUCACCGGGCCGAGUCCAACAUGUACAUGAAGGCGGUGCGCGCCACGCUCAUCCUGGUGCCGCUGCUGGGCAUCCAGUUCGUCAUCUUCCUGUGGCGGCCCGAGAACCGGCUGGCCGGCGAGAUCUACGACGUCGUGAUCAACCUGCUCAUGCACAACCAGGGACUGCUGGUAGCAACAAUAUUCUGCUUUUUCAAUGGAGAGGUCCAGGGGGCGCUGAAGAGGCAGUGGGUGCAGUACAAGGCCCAGUGGGGCCAGCGCAGGAAAGAACACUGCUCCAUGCGCUCCACCUCCUACACCGCCACCUCCAUCACCGAGGUGCCCAACUUCAUGUACCAUCACGACUGCGGAGGUGGAGGAGGAGGAGGAGGAGGCAAUGGGAUCGGGGAGCCCAACGGCAGGCCCUUGGAGGACAGUGAACUGGUGGCCCUCAAGUCUGGGGACACCUACACCUACACCUACACCUAUGCCUACGAGAGAGGAAAGGCAGGGGUGCGAGAGGAGGCCUCCUGAACAGCAGGGGGAGCUGGUUUGUGGAGAGGGAACGUACCUGCCGAGAGUUGCCCGCGGAGU